UGCGCUACAGGGACUAACAUCCGGCGGCUGCUGCCUGUUUUCGGCUGUUUUCGGGCUCUUCCGGUCAGCAUGGCGCACCUGCGGCUCCUUCGCGCGGCGGUAACGGAGCGGCUCGCGGCGGCGGCGGAGGAAAUCCUCGUGCUGAUGGAGAGAGUGAUGGUGGAGCGCGAGGACGAGCUCAUCCGCCUGUACGCACCGACGCCCGCGACUAAGAGUCCUGUCGGCGGGGAUGCGCACACAGACACUCAGCACCUCCAGGAGUCUGAGCCGCCGACCAUCAAGCAGGAGCAGCAGGAGGAGGUGUGGGUCGCUCCUCAGGCAGCAGAGGAGGAGGAUGUUAAACCAUUCAAGCAUGAGCUGCCUGAGGAGGAGGAGGCUCAGAUGGUGGAGAUAAUGAAAGACGAAGCCCAGCCGAGCACUUCCUGUGAGGAGCCCGCUGCUCCUGCUCCGCAUGGUGCUCCUGCUGUUGGUGAAGGCGGUGGAGGAGGUGGGACUUUCUGCAACUGUAAAGUUUGCGGGAUGAAGUUCAGCUACCGGGGCUCUCUGCUGAACCACGCCGAGACCCACGCCGCCGCCGAGUGCUGCCUCUGCAGCGUGUGCGGCGAGCCGCAGGCUGACAGGCGACGCCUGCUGGAGCACCUACGGACACACCUGAAGAGCCACGUCUGCAAGUUUUGUGGGAAAAGCUUCCAGCGGCAGGUGGAGCUGAAGGUGCACACGCGCAGCCACACGGGCGAGAAGCCUUUCAGCUGCCGGCUGUGCGGGAAGCGAUUCACCCGCAAGAACAACAUGGAGAUUCACAUGAGGACGCACACUGGCGAGAAGCCGUACCGCUGCACCAUCUGUGGGAAGGGCUUCAACAUCACCUCCUCCAUGAUCCGCCACGCCCGCACGCACACUGGGGAGAAACCCUACAGCUGCCGCAUGUGUGGGAGGGGCUUCACGGCCAGCUCGGACAUGAAGAUCCACAUGAGGACGCACACGGGCGAGAAGCCCUACAUCUGCCCCGUGUGCGGGAGGGGCUUCGCUCUCAGCACGCCACUUAAACACCAUAUGAAGCACCACACGGAGGAGCGGCCGUACUGCUGCAGCCACUGCAACCGCUGCUUCAGCGACGUGUACACGCUGCGGCGCCACAUGAAAAACCACGGUGAAAGUGCGGCGUCCUGACAGGUGGUGAGGACUGUGGGCGGAAAUCACACUUCCUGUUUUUACCACAGAUUGGGUGGUGCUGCUGAAGGGUGGUGCCACUCCGUGAAUCAGGACUUUUUUUUCAUUUUAUAAUCUGGAUUAUUUAUCAGGCGCUGCGGGGUCGACCGCCAUUUGCUGCCGGUUACGGACCAAUGAGAGACCAAAAGUGGAACGAGGUCACAUGGGCUCGAGGACGCCGCAGACGCCACGGCCGUGACUUAUUUCCUGUUAAAGUUCUGGAGGCCGCGUUCACACCUGGUGCACUUUUAAACCUCCACGCAGUCUCACGAUGAUAAAGACCUGCGUGGUGUCUGCAGCAGACCGCGGCUCACUCCUCCUAUCACGGUUCACCUGCAGAAACGCUUCUUCACGCCCUCUGGAUCAGUGAGGCCCAGACUGUGGGUCAUGGCCCUCUGGUGGGCCCUGAAGGUACUGCAGGCCGGACUGAGAGCUCAUGCUCAAUAAAAAUCUCUUAAGAGUUUAAAAUUGAAAACAGAGAUUUAUAAUCUUUAACAUUCACACUUUAUAAACCUUUACACAAGAAGAAGAUUCGGUUUUGUACUCCUGUUAAUUCUUACAGGAUUUGGUUGAUGACAUCAGAUUUUUCCAUGAAAGUUUUCUUUUGAAUGCCAGAAGAACUUUUUGACUCAGGUUUUACAUUUUAGCUUAAAAAUUCCUUUAAAAAUUUACACUGAAAGAACGAAACAUCCACGGGAUGUAAACAAGUUCCUCGGUGCUGUUCCUAAGUGAUCGUUUUAUCCUGCGAGAGCAUUUUAAACGUUUCUCAAAAGACAAGAUUCAAAAAAAGCACAGACACACACAGGUCACGUGUCAGUUUCCUCUCAUUUUAUUUUUUUUAUUAAAGGUGAUGCAGAAGUUUGAGACCCUAUAAAACUUUAUUUUCAUGUGAUUUGCUUUGAUUUGUGUUUAAAGGGAACCAGAGUAAAUAUGGUGUCAGUCUGAUCAGAACUGAUAUUAAUAUUUUGUUUUAUUUAAACGUUGGGAUUUUGUGUGAAAUAUAAAAAAUGAAUCCAGUGACCUCUGACCUUUUCAACAAAUAAGACAUCACUUUGUAUUUUUUAUAUUCAGGAAUCUUUUGAUGCACAAAAAAAGGUUUAAAUAAAGUUGAUACAGGAGCUUUCACACAGCAGCAGGCCAGAUGUUUUCAGGUGUCGCUUGAUGAGUUCACCUGCUCGGCCCUCCGUGUUUGGUUUCAUGACCUCAG